UUCCGCCGCUCGGGAAGGGUGAAAUCCCACGACUCCUUCUCUGGUUCAUUCGAGCUCGUCCACGAGGAUGGCGAUUCCGAUCGAGGAGCUCGAAUUUCCGGAGGUGGCGGCACUGGUGGACCGGAAGGUGGGACCUAGUCAGUUGGUGGUUGACCACCGGCCUCGUAUUGGGCGAAAGCCGAGGAAGUGUCGUCAGGUUGUUGAUCGGAAACUGGAAGAAUGGUCGUCGCUAAUGGCGGAGAGAGCGCAGCUGGGAGCUUUGUCUCUAUUGGAGAUAACGAUUAAUUAUUAAAUUUGAGUAUCAAUGUUGAUUUGCGGGAUAACGUCAAUGGUGCGAUUCUGGGUGAGGGUUAAGCUGAGAAAUGGUACCGAGUCUUUAUAACGGAGGGGACCAAGAAUCAUUGUAAAUUCCAUCCAUGCAUGAACACACGUGGUGUAGUAUUUUCUUCUCUUGAGGCUUGUGAAUAAGCAACUAGUAUGGAUUAGUGGGACAUAUAGAUAUAUGUAUACCUUCCUACGAGUUUAGUAAGAUGGGUGUGAAGCCUAUUAAGUGUUGUUUGGAAAUGAAAAUUGGAAUUGCAU